AUGGGUUUCGGCACUAAGUGGUUUCAUUGGAUGGAUGUUAUAGUUUUCAACAGUUCUUUGUCAGUUCUCGUUAAUGGCCCUCUUACCGAUGAUUUCAUAGUUGAGAAGGGUCUCAGGCAAGGAUACCCUAUCUCUACUUUCCUCUUUAUCCUUGCAGUUGAAGGUCUCGUAGGUCUGUUUCAGAAUGCAGCCUCUGUUAAUGAGUUUCAAGGGUUUCAAGUUAGUGAUGAAAUUAAGUUCGACCUUUUGCAGUUUGAAGACGACACAAUUGUAUUUUGUAAUAGAGAUUGGAACAAUAUGUGGAGUCUUAAAUUUAUUUUAAGGGGAUUUGAACUUGCUUCGGGAUUAUGUGUUAAUUUGUCCAAAAGUAAAAUUUAG